GCGACACCUGUUACCCAGGGGCAGCCUCCCUCGGCCAUCCCCUGCUGUCGGCACAGCUCUUCAGAAACAGAGGACAUUAGGCACUUUCCCCCGCUCCGCUUCGUUUUUAAGCAUAUUUGUCUUGCUACAGCUGAGAGCCGGGAUCGUGGCUCCGUGUCCGGCUGUUGGGUGUCUAAUAAACCCCGGAACUAGGGACCUCCUCCAGCAGCGGCCGGGGGCGCUUAGCGCUUUUGCUUUGCACCACGCAGCCGGAAUUGCUGGAUACAGUGGAGCCUGGACUCAGCCUGCGUUUUGCCUGGUUUCGUCAUUGGGGUUCCUCUCCUAUCGCGGAUACAAAGCUUAGUAGAUGUUGAAUGGGGUGCAAACACAGACAGGUCCCGUCUCUCGAGGUGGGCCAGUGAGGGCGCCUAGAACCUGCUGGCGCUUCUCCGGAGUGCACUGAUCAUUGAGCGGAAUAGCAAUUAUGGGAAUAAUUUGCAAAUCAUACCAGGUGACUAUUACAAGUGAUUCAGAGAAAAAUGACGUUGAAUGAUUCUCAGUCACCCAGAAGAUAACUGAUAAAGCCAUUGAGUGUUGUUGGGCGACAGGGGCCUUAGGUCCGAGCUCCAUUAGACUCUCACUGUACCACAGCGACCUCACAGGCGUCGGUGCGGGGGUUUCUAGGGUAGACACCUGUAAUAAAAUGAACAGCUCCAAACUGCUUUGUCAGAAUCUACCGCAGCGAAUUUCACUUUCAUUCUGAAGCAAGAAUAUAUUAUACUAAAAGGCGGUUCUCAUACAAAUUAUUUCCUCCGUGCUUUAUAUGCUAUUUCUCAAGCUUCCAGACAAGACCACGGCAGAGCUUCCGUGGAUAUCAAUAGCCACCGGGGCCUGGGACUGGGUUUGUUUUCACCUCGCCAUCCCGAGUGUCUACCACAACUACUCUUACCGUACGAGACACGCACUACAGGCGUACCCAACAACUGAGUCGUUGAACAGUCAUGCAAUCUUGAUUCCUGUGUUGUGUGUUACGGUGAACUGUGUGUUAUUUCCCUAAUAAGAGGACAGACCGCAGUUGCCAACAUGAAAAGCACACAGCCCUACCUCAUUUGCAAAAGCCUAAUGAAGCUACACUUUUUGCAAGCACCCAGCGCAAAGGCCCAAGGACAGCACGAACUCGGGGAGGCUGACGCUCGCUCAGGCCUCACACAGUCCCAGCUUUCAAACGCCCCACGACAUCCACCGACGUGCGGUUCCACCGCUUGCACGAUGCACCUGCUCGCCGAGGUUAACCCGGGCUGGUUGCACCUCCAGCCACAGCCGAACGCCACCGCGCCUGCGCACGCCGCCCCCUGACGUCACGGCCGGCGAGCGCUCGGCUCGCGAGUGCGCCUGCGCGGCGACCAGCUGGCGGAACCGGCUUCGCGGAGCCCCGGCUUCCGGCAUGGCGGCCGCGCCCCCGGCCUGACGUCAGUUAAACCAAAGGAUUCACCAUCACUUCAAUGGCUGCCUCACAGACUGCACAAACUGUUGCAUCUCAUGUUCCUUUUGCAGAUCUGUGUUCAACUUUAGAACGAAUACAGAGAAGUAAAGGACGUGCAGACAAAAUCAGACAUUUUAGUGAAUUUUUGGACUCUUGGAGGAAAUUUCAUGAUGCCCUUCAUAAGAACCAAAAAGAUGUCACAGACUCAUUUUAUCCAGCAAUGAGACUUAUUCUUCCUCAGCUAGAGAGAGAGAGAAUGGCCUAUGGAAUAAAGGAAACUAUGCUUGCUAAGCUUUAUAUUGAAUUACUUAAUUUACCUAGAGAGGGAAAAGAUGCCCUUAAGCUUUUAAAUUACAGAACACCUGCUGCGACACAUGGAGAUGCAGGUGACUUUGCAAUGACUGCCUACUUUGUGUUGAAGCCAAGAUGUUUGCAGAAAGGAAGCCUAACCAUACAGCAAGUAAACGACCUUCUAGACUCGGUUGCCAGCAAUAACUCUGCCAAAAGAAAAGACCUAACCAAAAAGAGUCUUCUUCAGCUCAUAACACAGAGUUCAGCGCUUGAACAGAAGUGGCUCAUACGGAUGAUCGUAAAGGACUUAAAGCUUGGUGUUAGUCAGCAAACUAUAUUUUCUGCCUUUCAUGCUGAUGCUGUUGAGCUGCAUAAUGUCACCACCGAUCUGGAAAAGGUCUGUAGGCAACUACAUAAUCCUUCCGUGGGACUCAGUGAUAUCUCUAUCACUUUAUUUUCUGCCUUUAAACCGAUGUUAGCUGCUGUGGCAGAUAUUGAGCGCAUUGAAAAGGAUAUGAAGCACCAGAGCUUCUACAUUGAAACCAAGCUGGAUGGUGAGCGUAUGCAGAUGCACAAGGACGGGGAUGUCUAUCAGUACUUCUCCCGGAACGGAUAUAACUACACUGACCAGUUUGGUGCUGCUCCACAUGAAGGUUCUCUCACCCCAUUCAUUCACAGUGCAUUCAAAACAGAGUCACAGAGCUGUAUCCUCGAUGGGGAGAUGAUGGCCUACAGCCCAGAUACACAGACUUUUAUGCAAAAGGGGAAUAAGUUUGACAUUAAACGAAUGGUAGAAGAUUCUGAUCUGCAAACAUGUUACUGUGUUUUUGAUGUAUUGAUGGUUAAUAAUAAAAAACUUGGACGUGAGACCCUGAGAAACAGAUAUGAGAUUCUUAGUAGUGUUUUUACACCAGUGCCAGGUAGAAUAGAAAUCGUGCAGAAAACACUAGCUCAUACCAAGAAUGAAGUAAUUGAUGCGUUGAACGAAGCCAUAGAUAAGAGAGAAGAAGGAAUCAUGAUAAAACAUCCUCUGUCUAUUUACAAGCCAGACAAAAGGGGUGAAGGGUGGUUGAAAAUUAAGCCAGAGUAUGUCAGUGGACUAAUGGAUGAACUGGACAUCUUAAUUGUUGGGGGCUAUUGGGGUAAAGGUCUACGGGGUGGAAUGAUGUCUCACUUUUUGUGUGCUGUGGCAGAGAGGCCACCUCCUGGUGAAAAGCCAUCUGUAUUUCAUACUCUCUGUCGUGUUGGCUCAGGAUACACCAUGAAAGAACUAUAUGAUCUGGGUUUGAAAUUGGCCAAACACUGGAAGCCAUUUCAUAGAAAAGCUCCUCCAGGUAGUAUUUUAUGUGGAACGGAGAAGCCGGAAGUAUACAUUGAACCUCGCAAUUCUGUCAUUGUCCAAGUUAAGGCAGCAGAGAUUGUCCCCAGUACUAUGUACAAAACUGGCUGCACCUUGCGUUUUCCACGAAUCGAGAAGAUAAGAGAUGACAAAGAAUGGCAUGAAUGCAUGACUCUGGAUGACUUAGAACAACUCAGAGGGAGAGCGUCUGGGAAGCUCGCAUCCAAACACCUCUGUGUAGGCGCUGAUGAUGAACCCCGAGAAAAAAAGCGUAAAGCUGCCCCCAAGAUGAAGAAAGUUAUUGGAAUUAUUGAACAUUUAAAAGCACCGAACCUUUCUAACAUAAACAAGGUUUCUAAUAUAUUUGAAGAUGUAGAGUUUUGUGUCAUGAGUGGAACAGACAGCCAUCCAAAGCCUGACCUAGAGAACAGAAUCGCAGAACUUGGUGGUUAUAUCGUACAGAAUCCAGGCCCGGACACGUACUGUGUAAUUGCAGGGUCUGAGAACAUCAGAGUGAAAAAUAUUAUUUCUUCAGAUAAGCACGAUGUUGUCAAGCCUGCGUGGCUUCUGGAGUGUUUUAAGACCAAAAGCUGCGUGCCUUGGCAGCCACGCUUUAUGAUCCACAUGUGCCCAUCAACAAAAAAACAUUUUGCCCUUGAAUAUGAUUGUUAUGGGGAUAGUUAUUUUGUUGACACAGAUUUGAACCAGCUGAAGGAAGUAUUUUCAGGAAUUAAAAAUUCUGAUGAGCAGACUCCCGAAGAAAUGGCUUCUGUGAUUGCUGAUUUAGAAUUUCGUUAUUCCUGGGACCAGUCUCCUCUCAGUAUGUUUCGACACCACACUGUCUAUUUGGACUUGUAUGCUGUGAUUAAUGACUUGAGCACCAAAAUUGAGGGAACAGGAUUAGCUACUAAGGCCUUGCAGCUUCGAUUUCAUGGAGCAAAAUUAGUUUCUUGUUUAGCUGAGGGAGUGUCUCAUGUAAUCAUUGGGGACGAUCAUAGCCGUGUUCCGGAUUUUAAAGCUUUUAGAAGAACUCUUAAGAGAAAGUUUAAGAUCCUGCAAGAAGAUUGGGUAACUGAUUCAAUAGACAAGUCUGAAUUACAAGAAGAAAAUCAGUAUUUGAUUUAAUGCUGUCCAUAAUAAUGAGGAAAGCUCUGUGAUCUGGUGAAUCCAUUACAUCAUUAAAGUUUUUAAGUGUAAAUUUUAAAAGGAAAAAAGUAUUAUUAGAUGUAAGAAAGUAAUUUUACCUUUUAAGAUUGAAGAAACUGACUCAAAAUGAAGAAGCAACUCGGUAGUGUAAUAUUUGAUUAUUAUAAAGAUGAAAUAAUUUAACAGUUUAAGAAGUAUUUGCAUAAUAGUUAUAGAAAUAUAGAAUUUUGAGGCAUUAAAAAUAACCUUCCAACAUGGUUUUAUGAAUUCAAAUUAAAAAUUAAAUGAUAGUCAUUAGCUAAUAAAAGCAUCGUAAGAAAAAAGGAAUAUUGUUAUAAUUAGACCUUUAACAUUUUUUUUAUUGUCAAUGAUUUUAACUAAAUUAGGGAAAAUUUUUAAGUCAAUACUUAAAAUUGAAAAAAAUGCAAUUUUAGAAGCAGACCAGAUUUUAAUUUUUUUCGAAAUAAAAACAUUUUUAAGAAAGCAUUUUUUCUGUGAAUUUGUACUUGAAUAUAAAUAGUAUUAAGAUGACUAUAAUUAUGUUAUUUAAAGUGAAUGUAUAUAAUAUUAUUUCUGAGUUUUAUAUAUCAAAUGUUGGAAUACAGCCUAUAUAUUUUGAAAAAAAUACGUUCAUGACAGUAUUGGAAUGUAUGGAAUUUGAUGCAUAGGAUACUGUGGAAAUGAUUUGAAAGUAACAAAAUUUUAUUCAAAUAGUGGAAUAAAUGUAUGUGAUUUUGUUGGUCUUAAAUAAAAUAUUUAAUAUAU